AUGCGCUGCUGUUCUGGAUGGGGUGAGGAGGUAGCAGAGAGUAAUAGGUCCCUCAAGCAAGCCAUGAAGAAUCUGCCCUUCUUCCUAAAUGGGAGGGUGGGUGACACUGAUCCUUCGGAAGCCCUGGACAUCUUCGACAGAAACGAGAGGCUGGCCAGAGCAGAGGCUGCUGUGCUGGCAACGAUCUUCGUAAUGGCCACGGUGGGCAACAGCGUGCUCAUCAGUGACCUGUGGAGCAGAAGGAAGAGGAGGCCUCGCAUGUAUGUCUUCGUGAUGCACCUCAGCAUUGCCGACCUGGUGGUGGCCGUUUUCCACGUCCUGCCCCAGCUCCUCUGGGUCAUCACGGAGGUAUUCAUCAGGCCAGAUGCACUGUGUAAGAUGGUGGCUUACCUACAGCUGGUGGGGAUGUUAGCCUCCACCUACAGGGUGAUGGCCAUGACCUUCGACAGGUUCCAAGCGGUCUAUUAUCCCAUGGUAACUUUUUGCAAGGGAAAGGCAGGCUGGAGCACAGCCAUAUGCACGAGUUGGGUCUUAUCUCUAAUCCUGGGUGUUCCUCAGCUCUUCAUGUUCUCCAAGAAAGAGUUCCUCCCAGGGAUGGCGCAGUGCUGGGCAGAGUUCAUCCAGCCAUGGGGAUCCAAGGCGUAUGUGACCUGGAUCUUCACGGUCAUUUUCUUCAUCCCCACCAUCAUUCUGACAACUUUCCAGGUCAAAAUCUGUCGGGUCAUCCAAAUGAACAUUUAUACCAAGACUUACCAGAAACCCAAGAUGGCCAAGAUGCAGAGAGUCCAUUUGAGAGUCAGUAACAUUAACUGCAUCUCCAAGGCAAUGAACAAGAUGGUGAAAAUGGCAGUGGUCACGGUUCUAGUCUAUGUGCUGUGUUGGACACCCUACUUUGCAGUGGAGCUGUGGACAGUUUGGUAUUCCAGUGACAUCACAACAGGCUCUGCUUUCACCAUCCUCAUGGUCUUGGGCAAUUUAAACAGUUGUACAAGCCCCUGGAUAUACUUGUAUUUCUGUGGACAAAUCCCAUGCUGCAUGAAACACGAGUCAAGCUGUUCAGUUCAAGAAGAGUCCGCCACCACAGACAGCUCUGACAAAGUUGCAAUUUAA